CUCUCAGUCUCCUCUUUAGCCUACCCUGUCGCUUUUCUAUUCAGCCUCCGCACAAUGGAAGCCUUUGAUCUCUCCGCUGCUCCCCCAGAAUUCGCGGUCUGGGCACCAACAGUCUAUGCCCUUAAUGCUUACACCAACAUAAUCUGGCUCUAUGUGUACUAUGGCAUGAUAUACCGAUCUUACAAAGACAAGUCCUUUGCCAUGCCACUCAUUUGCCAGUGUCUCAACAUCGCAUGGGAGAUCACCUUCGGUUUUCUAUUCUCUCUAGACCACUGGCUAAUCAGUCUUACCUUCCAAGUCGCCACGAUAAGCAACUUUGGCGUCAUCUUCGCGGCGAUCAAGUAUGGGUCCAGAGAAUGGGACCGAUCCCCAAUGAUACAACGCAACUUGCCUUGGUUAUAUGGCGGUGGGAUAUUACUGGCAAUUGCAGGGCACACCUGUCUUGCGUCAGAGCUCGGCAUGGUGAAGGCUUGCUUCGCGAACGCAAUUGUAUGUCAGGUUAUUCUGAGUGUUGGGUAUGUCAGUCAGCUUUUGGUUCGAGGAGCCACGCGUGGAUUUUCCCUUCAAUUAUGGUUCUUCCGGUUCACGGGCUCGUUGACUCUAAUCCCGGAGUUUUACCUUCGUAUUAAGUAUUGGCCUGAGGCUUUUGGAUGGCUGGGCGAGCCUUUUAUGCUCUGGUGCUGUUAUCUCUAUCUCGGCUUUGAUUUGGCAUACCCAGUGCUCUUUUGGUAUAUACAACGACGGGAGAAGGAGGAGGCGAUGGCCAAGGCUCUCAAGGACAGGUAGCACUAUGCCUUCAUAAUUCUAAGAUAGAAGGCGGUAUGAUGCUGAAGGCUGGUAGAGGUUUGCGGGGGGGGGCUCUACCUUUAUAAAGUUGUACUUGAGCCGACCGUACCUAUUAGCAGAUAGAAGAGGGCUAGGCAUGGGGGUUUCUUUCCCUUUUGUGUGUGUGUGUGUGUGUGUGCGUGCGUUUCCAGUCUAUUUGUCCAGCCCUAAUUGUUAUUUAUUAUUGGAAUCUGUAGCUCACUUUGCUACUUACGAGCUGUACUAUAUCUCUCUCAUU